AUGAGGCGAACGACGCUUCGACGCGUGGCGCCGUGGGUGCCGCCGCCCCGUCACGAUGUGAAGGUGACGAUGCCGCCGCCACCAGGUGGUGAAGUUGGUGGCUCCUUUGGCGUCUCGCUGGGGUACAGUGACCGCAUCGCCUGCACACCCUACUGGAAGCGCAUGGCUCUCUCGAACUACGCACUACGCAUGAAGGAGAAUGCGACGCGGUAUCCGAUGAGUGAGUAUCGCCCUGGUGAAUACGACAUCCGUUACCUUCCCAAACCGUACCCAUGCACGAUUCGCAACCGGCCACUACUGGAGGUGGGAGAACCGCGGCGGAUUCCAAGUAUUCAAAUUCCGGUUAUUUUUCUUGUGAACUUGUACAAUGAAAGGAAAAAGUGCUGGUUUGGGCGCAAGUUUGAGACGGUGUAUGUGAGUCGACAGUUUAUGCGGGAGGAGCUGAUGCCGCAACGGUACGCCAUUUACGCUACGCCCGAGGCGUACACGCUGCUUGGUCUGCCUGUGGUAGAUCAUGGGAUUCACAGAGAGAUCCCCAAGACACCGCGCGAGUAUGAAAAGUUGCUGGAACGACAGAAGUACGACGAGGAGCGGUGGAAGUAUUCGAUCGAGUACCUCUUUCGUAAGUACGAGGCGGGGCCACCCGAACUAUUAGACCGCGCUGAAGACAAUUGGGACGGUACAGAGGUGGUGGCAGAUUUCUCUGCAGCCGGUGCUGCACGUCAUGGUGAGGCGGUGCAGCGUAAAGGAGCCAUCAAGCAACGCAAAGCACGGAAGAUAAAGUUGUUUUAG